AAAUCAGACGAUGAUGAUCGCUGCGUCAAAAUCAGACACGCGAGCCAAUAUUUGAAAACUGAUAAGAGCCCUCUCUGGCAUUUGAAUUGCGACACCGAGUUGAAUCGCGAGAAGUGGUUCCGAAGAUGAAGACCGAAUCGCGUUCGAUAGAGGAAACGAAGACGUAUGAGGAAUGGUUCAAUCUGGCCGAUUCAGACGGAGAUGGACGGAUCUCUGGAAACGACGCAACCAAGUUCUUCGCUCUCUCUAACUUGUCCCGAUCUCAACUCAAGCAGCUCUGGGCUCUCGCCGAUGUUAAACGACAAGGCUUUUUGGGUUUCCCUGAGUUCGUUACUGCAAUGCAGUUGGUUUCGCUCGCGCAAGCAGGGCACGAACUUAAUUCAGAUAUCCUCAAAACGCAAAUUGACAAGGAAAAUAUUAAACCUCCGGUGAUGGAAGGACUCGAUGCUUUAGCAGCACAAAAGAAUUUGCCGAUUAGUGCUCCACCCGAAGUAAAUGGGACUGCUCAGCCUCAAGUGAUUCCAACCAAUCGGUGGUUUUCUUCAAAAUCCUCAAAGAAAUUGCCUCUCAAUUCAGUCACAUCAAUCAUUGAUGGCUUGAAGAAAUUGUAUAUCGAGAGGUUAAAGCCCUUGGAAGCCACUUAUCGAUUUAAUGAUUUUGUGUCUCCAUUAUUGACCAACACUGACUUUGAUGCCAAACCCAUGGUCAUGCUUCUUGGGCAAUAUUCAACAGGAAAAACUACAUUUAUAAAACAUUUGUUAAGAUGCGACUAUCCAGGAGCACACGUUGGACCAGAGCCUACGACUGAUAGAUUUGUUGUUGUCAUGUCUGGACCUGAUGAGAGGAGUAUUCCUGGAAAUACCAUCGCUGUUGAUGCUGACAUGCCUUUUAGUGGCUUGACAACAUUUGGAGGUUCAUUUUUAUCGAAGUUCCAAUGUUCUCAAAUGCCACAUCCUCUGUUAGAUGAAAUAACAUUUGUGGACACUCCUGGUGUCCUAUCCGGAGAGAAACAAAGGACUCAACGAAGCUAUGACUUCACUGGUGUUGUAUCUUGGUUUGCUGCAAAAUGUGAUCUCAUUCUUCUCCUAUUUGAUCCUCAUAAACUAGACAUCAGUGAUGAGUUUAAGCGUGUAAUCACAUCUUUACGUGGUAACGAUGACAAGAUACGUGUGGUUUUGAACAAGGCAGACCAAGUUGAUACUCAACAACUUAUGAGAGUCUAUGGAGCCUUGAUGUGGUCACUGGGGAAGGUUUUAAACACUCCCGAAGUCGCACGUGUAUACAUUGGUUCAUUUAACGAUAAGCCAAUAGAUGAAAGCUUGGUCAGUCCAUUAGGACAGGAUCUCUUUGAGAAGGAACAGAAUAAUCUGCUAGCAGAUUUGGUAGAUAUUCCAAAGAAGGCAUGUGAUCGCCGGAUCAAUGAAUUUGUGAAGCGUGCUAGAUCUGCUAAAAUUCAUGCAUAUAUAAUUAGCCACCUUAAGAAGGAGAUGCCAGCAAUAAUGGGCAAAGCCAAGGCUCAACAAAGGCUUCUUGAUAAUCUUGAAGAAGAAUUUGCAAAGGUUCAAAGGGAGUAUCAUCUACCGGCCGGUGAUUUUCCCAAUGUUGAACACUUCAAAGAAGUUUUAAGUGGUUAUAGCAUCGACAAAUUUGAGAAACUAAAGCCUAAAAUGAUUCAAGCCGUAGAUGACAUGCUUGGAUAUGAAAUACCAGAGCUUUUGAAGAAAUUCAGAAAUCCUUACGAUUAGAAUAGAAAAUGUAUUUCCGUCGUCAUGCAUUUUUACAAGUGUGAGAUGUAACUGUUUAAGUACAUUAUUAGUGGGUUGUGAAUGGUUGUGAAUGGCACCAACAUAUUCUGUUCGUUUCUUGAUGGGCAGCGCACCUUAGGAAAAUGGUGUUAUAUAGUGAAGGCACUAGCAUGUCAUAUCAAACAUUUUCAAUGCUCUAGUAGUGGGAGGGAUUGUGGCGCCGACAACUCCUCUUAGUUUUUAUAAUUUUAUAAACUAUUUUUUAAUUUC